AUGAUGAAAGGAAGUUAGUAAAAUGUUCUACUGAAUGAGUUGAAAGAAAUCCCUAUUUAUUCAGAUAACUGGUUUUGGAAGCUGAGAAUGAGAAAUCAAGCAUUGCUUUAAUUCUCGAUUAUUUUUAUCCUAAUGCUUGGAGUGGUUUUAGGCAUUUAUUCAGUCAAUAUGGCUAUAAUUGUGCCUCUUUUAGAACAAUCCUCUUUUGAGAUAUAUAAUAAUAAUGCAAAACAUACAUUACAAAGUCAUUUGAGAAGCUACGAUGGUAUUCUAAAUGGGAUAUUUAAUAUAAGUAAAAAUUUAAAAAAUAGAUUAGAUAUCCACUAAUUGCAAGUACUUCAUCAAAUUUAUACGUAAUCUUACAGGAACCUUGAAAAAGAAGUUAACAUUACUUUGGAUUAUAGAGCUCACAUGGAUUAUGCAGGUACAAAGAAAAUGCCCUAAAUACUUGUUGAUUAACCACCUGGAUCACUGUAAAAAACACACUCAUUUAUGUGCUACACAAAUAAAACCAACAUAACUUACCCAAUGAGCAAAGUUACAUUAAUUAAUUUAAAGAUCUAAGAAACCAUGUAUCCUAUUGGUCAGAUUUUGGCUGCCACUAAAUUAAACAUAAAAUCUUUAUUUUAUGUAGGAACCUUAGAUGAGCCUUAAGUUUACUUUUCAUAUCCUUGCACUAAUUUCCAAAAUGCUAUUUAUGGAUUGAACAUUCCAAAGAGACCCUGGUUUUUGAAAGGAAUAAGCGUGUAUAAUCAAUCGAAUUUCAGUGAUUACGAUUAUUAAUUUACCGAUCCCUUUCUUUGUAACUAAUUAUCAGUUAUUCUUAUAGAAUUUACCAAAGACAAAAUUGAAGUCACUCUAGUUAUGCCCUUGCUUGAUAGAGAUCUUAAAUUAAAAGGAGUGAUGGCAUCGGAUCUGGGGACAGAUUUGAAUAAAUUUGUAGUUAAAACCGAUCAGAAUGUUCAUAUGGUCCUAUUGGCCAAUGCUAAGGGUUUACUCAUUUAUCACAGCUACAAUGUAAGUCUAUCGCUCCUUCCUAUUUAUAUCUUUAAUACUUCUCUUACAGGAUUUACUUUGGAUGACUGGAGUUCAAUAAAAGAUACAAAAUAAAGCAAUUGCUCAUCUUAUCCAAAGAACUCUAGUUUGCUUUGUCGUUACAACAGUGUGUAUGAUAAGGAUUUGGUGAUUACAAUUCAUGAGAUCAAGAAAUUCAAUUAUCUCUUUAUGAUGUAAGUAUUUAACUUCAAUUUAAUAAAGAUUCCAUGACACUACAGAUUAUACUGAGUAUAAGCUUAAAUCAACAGAGGAGAUGCUGGAUAAACUUUAGACAGAAGCAAUCCAAUUUCUGGAGAUCGCCCUUGGAAUUUUUUUGGCUGCCAUGUUUAUAGCCAUCUGCAUUCUAAUCUUAGUCUUUUAUCCCAUCCAGAACAUAAUAGAUAAUUGUCAUUAUAUUAUGGGAAUCAGGAAUAAAUAAAAUAUGCACAAAAAGAUUCAGCUAACAAUAUUCUUUAUGCCCUUCCUGAAUUCUCAAUUAUAAUUACUGUUUCUGGCAUACACUAACUUAGUUAAAAGGUUUCUGUCCUUAUCGCAUACAAAAGGAAGUCUCUGCAAAACUCAGGAAGCAUUGCAAUAUCCAAAAAAGAUUAAGUAGAAAGCUCACCUUUCGUUAAAUAGAUAUUUGAAAAAAAACGUGAUUUUAAUAGAAAUAAACAAAAUGGUUUAUUAGGCUUCCACUAACUUCCCCUCUUAAUUGAUGGGAAGAUUUGUUGAGAAAAUACUAAUGCAAUUUUACUAAUGA